AUGGAUGAUUCCCGACUGGCGACAACAUGCAUAGAUGCAGAUUUUCUUAGUGCAGUAAACAUUCGAACUGAUAUUAGAACGAAUUCGCCGCCAACGAAACAUGAUCGGACGGAAGUGAAUCCACCACCAGUAUCUGUUGCAUUAUCCACUGGACGUAAAUCAUUCCUGAAAUCGUUGUUCUUUGGAAACGGUUCGAAUUCGUCACAAAAUCGUCGUGCUCCAAUUAAUCAGCUGGCACAGUGUCAAUACUUCGUGCCUUUGGAGAAGGAGGCAGUACGAAACUCGAAGUCUGCCUUCGAAAUUAGUUCGACGUCGCGUAACGACAGCUUAAUGAAAAAGCAUGCUGAAACGAGUAUAAUGAGUACGUUCAAGCCGAGUUAUGAUGAAGUAGUGAUGUCAGCUCGAGUGUGCCCGUUGCCGAUGCGUAGAGAGCGUAGUGAUCUUUGUGCAUCGUCAGUGAUGAGGCUGGCCAAGCACACAGAGCAUAGUCCUGGACCGACUUGCGUAAAGAGCAUCGGCUUAAAACUCGAACCUCAAAAGCAUCAAGUUUCACCGAAGCGAAAACCACUACGGCCACCAGAAUUUGCUAAUGAUCCGAUGAUGAUCAACAAUUGUAUUGAUGAGCUUAGGAGGCGAUUAGAGAACACAAUUUUUCUCAAUCUUACCCCGUACUGGCUUCCGUCGAGAAAUGAGAAACGUAACUCGGCCGAGGUGCCUUCCAUGAGUCAGUUCUCGGGACCUCAAAUUUCUUUCAGGCCUCGCCAAAAUGGCGAUAGCAGUCAACCAGUUGGCGUUGAAUGUUCGAGUUAUGUGAAUCGAGCAUCACGUCGUGAUCAUCGUAUGUCGGUUCCGAAUCUAUCUCCGGAGCCGUCUAAUGUUGUGGUUCAGUCUGCUAAGGCUCUUAAAGAAAAGCUGGGACGGAAUGGAGACGGCGAACUUUCGACUAUCAACGAAGGACUAAUUACUCCGGUAAUUCGUCGUAAGCAAUUCAAUCAGCCGUCAACGUUAACGUCGAACGUUAAUAGCAGUUCGUUUUGGGAAAGUUCUUCAUCAUCAAGACGAAAAGAAAAUUCACCUACUAGUAACAGCCAUAAAGGCGGUACUAUUGGCGUCGGUUUUCAGCAACAGUUUGAAUUUGAUGAACUUCUGCGUGAGGUGUUUAGUCAUCCGAGGCGUCGAAAGCUUUCAGGGUUACUCGAUUCCAUCAUUUACGAUCGUAAUUGCCUACGGAUUAGUGCGUAG